ACAGUCAUUCUUCUGGUUCCACGAAAGAAGCACCUUCCAUCAUGAGACGGUUCUUAUUGCUGGCGAUGGCGCUAUGUUACGCCUCUGCACGCAACAUCACUUCAACCCCCAACACCAGAUACAUUCAGGGGAAUAACACCGAUGAAAAAGAGGCUCUUAAUUUCUUGUUGGCAUACGAUCGCGAAGCAAGUGCCAUGUGUAACAAUGUUAUGAACACCCAAUGGGAUUUCAAUACCAACAUCACCGAGUCUAGCAAACAGCGAAUGUUGGAGACGCAACUGGAAUACGCCAAAUUUCAAAAGGACGUCUGGGCGACCGCUACGACUUUCAAAUGGAAGACGUUCCGCGAUCCGAGUAUCCGUCGCCAAUUCAAGGUGCUUUCUGUUCUCGGUAGAGCAGCUCUUCCAGAAGAAAAACUCAAAGAGAUUCAACAGCUUCUGGCAGAUAUGCGAGACAUUUAUAGUCGCAAUCGAGUUUGUCCUUACGUUAAGCAGCCUAAGAACGCGUCACUACCAAUCCGAAUGGAGUCAGUUAAGUGCAACCUUGCACUCGAUCCUGAUUUGACCCGCAUCAUGGCCAAAUCCAAAGAUGACAAUGAAUUAACCUACAUGUGGCAACAAUGGCACGAUGAAACUGGACGGCCCCUUCGAUCCAAAUUCAUGCGCUACGUUGAGUUAUCUAACGAGGCUGCUCGUUUAAACGGUUUCAAGGAUACUGGAGAUCAAUGGAGAGCCUCGUACGAUAUCGAAGAUUUCAAUUCAGAGCUCGACGAACUCUGGAUGGGGUUGAGGCCACUAUACCAGCAGCUACACGCCUACGUCCGCCGAAGGUUGCAUCAUCAACAUGGGAAGAUUGUACCUCUAGAUGGACCGAUCCCUGCUCAUUUGUUGGGCAACAUGUGGGCUCAGUCAUGGAGUAAUUUAUACGAUACAACGGUCCCUUUCCCCAACAAAAAUAGCAUGGACGUUACCCUGAGUCUCAAGCGCCAAGGCUACGAUCCGGUGCGGAUGUUCCAACUCGCUGAUCAGUUUUUCGUCUCGCUGGGUAUGAAGUCUGUCCCUGAUUCGUUCUGGACUGCAUCGAUGCUAGAAAAACCGCUAGAUCGCGAAGUAGUAUGUCAUGCGUCGGCUUGGGAUUUUUGCAACGGACGCGACUUCCGCAUCAAGCAGUGCACAGAAGUCACCAUGGAGGAUUUGACUACUGCCCACCACGAACUAGGACAUAUUCAGUACUACAUGCAAUAUGUGAAUCAACCGUUAGCCUUCAGGGAAGGUGCUAAUCCAGGUUUUCACGAAGCAAUUGGAGAUGUCGUCGCGUUGUCCGUCUCGACACCCAAGCACAUGCAAAAGAUAGGCUUAUUGGAUAAAGCAGCCGACGAUCCCGAAGUCGAUAUAAAUUAUCUUUAUUCUAUGGCUCUGGAUAAGAUUGCUUUCCUACCUUUUGGAUUUUUGCUUGAUCAGUGGCGCUGGAAGGUGUUUAGCGGUGAAAUUCCGUUCGAUCAAAUGAAUAAGGCGUGGUGGGAACUCCGGCUUCGCUAUCAAGGCGUGGCACCUCCUGUGAAUCGUAGUGAACAUGAUUUUGAUGCGGGUGCCAAAUAUCAUGUUCCAGCCAACACACCUUAUAUCAGAUAUUUCGUCAGUUUUGUACUCCAAUUCCAACUGCACAAGGUGUUAUGCGAAGCUUCCGGUCACGUGGGACCGUUGCAUAAAUGUGAUAUUUAUCAGUCACGAGAAGCCGGAAAACUAUUGGCAGAGCUGUUGAAGUUGGGCUCAUCUAAACCGUGGCCUGAUGCCAUCCGCAUUCUCACUCGCGGUCGAACGAGCCGGAUGGAUCCAGGAGCCAUCAUGGAAUACUUUCAACCGUUAAUGGAAUGGCUCCAGAAACAGAAUACUGAAGAAAAAGCCGGGUGGAGAGGAAUGAAUAGCGGAAUCACAAUCAAAACCACUUGGGUCGCCGUUGUUCUCUCGUUCGUCAUAACUUUGGUAUUUUCAAGAUUGUGGUAGUGGUUUGGUUUCCUUUUGUGGGCCUUUUCAACGGUUGUGGACUUUAAAUUUUCUCGCUAACCCAGAAUUCUUCAUCCACAUUCAAGCUAUUUUUGUUUUAAUAUUAUGCGGUUCUUUUCACGAACUGUCCCUGUACAGAAACCAUUUAAAUUAUCAUUUCUGGAAAAAUUAAUUUUAUUCAAAAUUCCUCACGUUGAAGUACCCCUGAUUAUUGUCUUGUACCAUUGUCCAAAGUGCGAGUUUUAUUUAAUACAUCACAUAAUUGGCUCGUCUAUUUUUACGUGAUUUCUUUUUAGCUGAGAACGGGCUUCAUGUCUCCUUUGCUUUCUUUCUUAUUAGACUUUAGUGUAAUUUUUAAGCGUUAGGUGGCGUUUGUUCUCGUAAAGCACUGUAGGCCUCAAGCAAGGAAAACAAAAGAGUAGCACAAACACUUGUAUUUGUUUUCCUUCGCAGUUCCCAAGCCUUUUUUUUGUCAUGUCUAAUGUUUUCACAAUGAAUGACCUACUUUUCUAUGGUAGCAAAUCAUAAAAACUUAAAGGUAGUAAGUAGAUUAGUAGAUCGCGAAAGAAGGAAAAUAUCUAGGGGGGGGGGGUCUGGUUCUGCCUAUGAGAAAAUUGCCUACACAAAAAUUUUCUAUGUAGUAUCUUCUCAUGAUGAUUUCAUUAAUACCACCACAUUUUAUUUAGCUCUAUUUUCUAGAGUCAUGAUGGAACGUGUGAAAUGAGAAAAGGAGAGAGAGCUGAAGGAAGAAUCGUUGUACGGUAAUCUGUAGUUGGCGUGGUAGGCAAGCGGUGGAAAGGGACUACUUUGUGGGAACUUGGAAGAUGACGACUCUCAGCUGACAACCCAAACUAGCUUCAGUUCACAGCCUAGCGUCGAGGAAUAAGCCUGACAGGGAAAUCUCUGCCGGGCUUUAAAAUAGAUAGUACACGUGAUCUUCGAAGCAUUCGCAUAAUUUUGUUCAGUUGCAUUUUACUUGUUCGCCGUGUGAGAGGUCUGCUCGAUGGCCGACGUUUUGUCAAGAGCAAACCAACGUUUCCCACUUGACUAGUCUGUCGACAAAUAUCGACCGUCCAUCUGCACGUAAAG